GGCAUCUACAACUUCCCUGCUUGGCCACAUAGCUCAGGACUGGGUUGCAGAACCAUGUCUCCAGCCUCACCCACUUUCUUCUGUAUUGGGCUGUGUGUACUGCAAGUGAUCCAAACACAGAGGGACCCCCUCCCCAAGCCUUCCCUCCAGGCUCAGCCCAGUUCCCUGGUGCCCCUGGGUCAGUCAGUUAUUCUGAGGUGCCAGGGACCUCCAGAUGUGGAUUUAUAUCGCCUGGAGAAACUGAAACCAGAGAGGUAUGAAGAUCAAGACUUUCUCUUCAUCCCAACCAUGGAAAGAAGCAACGCUGGACGGUACCGCUGCUCUUAUCAGAAUGAGAGUGACUGGUCUCCCCCAAGUGACCAGCUUGAGCUAAUUGCUACAGGUGUGUAUGCUAAACCCUCACUCUCUGCUCAUCCCAGCUCAGCAGUCCCUCAAGGCAGGGAUGUGACUCUGAAGUGCCAGAGCCCAUACAGUUUGGACGAAUUUGUUCUAUACAAAGAGGGGGAUACUGGGCCUUAUAAGAGACCUGAGAAAUGGUACCGGACCAAUUUCCCCAUCAUCACGGUGACUGCUGCUCACAGUGGGACGUACCGGUGUUACAGUUUCUCCAGCUCAUCUCCAUACCUGUGGUCAGCCCCGAGUGACCCUCUAGUGCUUGUAGUUACUGGACCCUCUGCCACUCCCAGUCAGGUACCUACAGAGGAAUCAUUUCCCAUGACAGAAGCCUCCAGGAGAUCUUCCAUCUUACCCACAAACAAACUAUCUACAGCUGAAAAGCCUAUGAAUAUCACUGUCUCUCCAGAGGGGCCGAGCCCUCCAUUUGGUUUUGCUCAUCAGCACUAUGCGAAGGGGAAUCUGGUCCGGAUAUGCCUUGGUGCCAUGAUUAUAAUAAUCUUGGUGGGGCUUCUAGCAGAGGAUUGGCACAGUCGGAAGAAAUGCCUACAACACAGGAUCAGAGCUGUGCAAAGGCCGCUACCACCCCUCCCACUGGCCUAGAAAUAACAUGGGUUUCAGCAGAGGGGUUGACCAGAUGUUCAUAACCAUGGGCAUCACCACUAGAGCCACAGACAUGGACAUACUCAAGACUGGGGAGGUUAUAUAAAAAAUAAGUGUGGAGAAUAAAUAUGAGGCAGAGCCAAUAAGGUA